UAUUAAUUUUUUUGGAUGUUGUUUUUAUAUCUUAUCUUUGUGCUUCAAUAUUAGAUAUAUUGUUUAAUGAAGUAUGCAUUUUCAAUGUGUGUAGUGCCAAUGUUUAGUAAAUUGACUAAAUUUUUAAUGUUUUUAUUAUGUGUAAUAUUUAUGUAGCAAGACUUUUAGCUGCCAUAUGGACUAUAAUACAAACCACUUUUCAUCUAAUAUGGACAGUUUGGGGUUAUUAUGCCUAUAUGUGUAAAACAGUCCCAUCUCAUUAUUAUUUGGUAUUUGUAUACUUAACAUAUUUUUAUAGAAACACAUGUGGAAAAAUUAAACUAGAAGAUGAUGAGUUUUUUAUUGAAUUGGAUACAGAUCUGAAGAAUGGUAGCAUAAACUCAAGCGAAUAUUCCAUGUAUAAUAUUGUAAAAGAAAUAUUAAGAAAUGCUUCGUUACCAGAAGAAGCUUUUCCAGCAGCCAGAACACACAUUUAUAUUAAAAUUUUAAUUGUUAGUGAUAUUGUAUGGGUUAUAUCUGCAGUUUUAUUAUUUGUUGGGACUUUAUUAAAUGCUAAAAAAAUAUGGGCAUUAAUAGUUUAUGGACCUUGGUUAAUUUUAACAGGGUUAAUGGUCGUAAUGGACGUUUUAACUGCUGUACAUUUUGGAUUGGAUAUUAUAAAUAUAAGGUGUUUUACGAAUUAUCUGCGUUUUAUUGGCGUUGAAAAUUACAACGAUUUUAAAUACCUUGACAAUGUGGGCUCUCUGAAUCCCGUGAUGCCUUCAAUAAUAUUCGUUUGUUUGUCAUCGAGGUUUUUUAUUUUUUGGAUACCAAAUGUAUACGCAUUUUUUUGUGUUUUAAAUGCUGCUAUUGUAGCAUUCCAAUUAGGACCCAAACCUGGCAAAUCUACCGCAAUAAAUCUUAGUAAUAAUAUAGAGUCAUCAUUUAAUGAAAUUAAUUUAAACUCAUCACAAGCUCGAAUUAGAAAGUGGCAAUUAUUUUAUGGUGCAGCCGAAACUUCUAAAGCAAGUGCAGGUCCAAAUGAUUUGGAUCUAAAUUCUAACAGUAGAACAAGCAGCUUGAGAAAUUCAAGAAAAAAACACGUUAUGUUAAAUGAACCUCCUAUGAUAAAGAUACUAAAAAGAAGACCCGAUACAAUUUCAUCAAAUGGUUGUGGCUACAGUCAAAAUCCAUGGUCCUAUGGAACCUUGCCUGAUCAUCAUAAGCCCAAAACAAACCAUAAGAUACAUAUGGCUAAUGAAGUAGCUGAAUACGGUCCUGGCAGUAAAAUAAUGGAGUUUGUUAGCGGAGGACCUAAAAAGUACGCCUACAAAGUUUAUAUUGCGAGCACACAAGAAUAUAAGACUAUUGGCAAAGCUGACUAUGAUGUUAUACUAAACGGCGAAGAAGAGAACAACUACGAUACCUUGCCGUACGGGUUCCUAGAAGCUUUCGAUGAAGACACUGAGGUAAAAAUAAUAAAUAAAGAGUAUUUUAAUUUUAGUUUUUUAGAAUACACUACAUAA